CCUGGUUAGCUAGCCUGCCAUCUGGAUGUUAUGUAACGUGGUGGACCUGAACUAUGACCCAAUACAUAAAAAAAGCUAUAGUAGCAGCUUUCUAUUAGCAAUUAAGAGUUAUGUGUGUUUCUAUUUGUUCUAGAGGUAAACAAGGACGAGUUGGCUGUUCAGUGACGAAACGAGAAGCAUCUUAUUUAGAAAACUGCAGCUUAAACAAUGCGCUUAUCGUUAGCUGGUCUUGCUAAGCCUGUUCUUCAUGGAUACUUCAGAAGCUCCUGUUCCUGGAGGGUUCGCAUUGCUUUUGCUCUGAAAGGCAUCGAGUUUGAGCAGGUUCCAGUCAAUCUAAUCAAAGAUGGGGGUCAGCAGCUUACAGAACAAUACAAAGCAUUAAACCCCAUGCAGCAAGUGCCUGCGGUGGAGAUCGAUGGCAUCACCCUAUCUCAAUCACUUGCAGUGAUCCAGUACAUUGAUGAGACCAGACCAGGACCUCGUCUUCUACCUGGAGACCCAAAGGCACGGGCACAAGUUCGAAUGAUAAGUGACUUGAUUGCUUCAGGGGUUCAGCCUCUGCAGAAUCUGUACGUGCUACAGAAAAUCGGAGCAGAGAAGUUGCAGUGGGCGCAGCACUUCAUUGAUCGAGGGUUUCAAGACACUCUUCCUCCAGCUUUAGAACCAAUUCUGAAGCAAACGUCAGGAAAAUACUGUGUAGGUGAUGAGAUUUCCAUGGCAGAUAUCUGUCUAGUCCCACAAGUCUACAACGCAGAGAGGUUUAAAGUGGACUUAAGGCAGUAUCCAACGAUAAAAAGAUUAAACAAGACCUUACUUGAGAUUGAAGCUUUUAAAGUGAGCCAUCCCUCUCAGCAACCAGAUACCCCUGCUGAUCUCCGGGCUUAAAUGGCAACAAGCUUGAGAUGUUUACAGCAUUUAAUAAAGUGAUGUGAAGGAA